CAUAUAUUUAUCUUAGGAGAAAUUAUGUGUUAACUGAUUUAAGGUACCUAUAUACUUGUAUAUAUAAUACCCUCCUUUGCUAAAUUUUCUGUACACUAAUCAACUGAUAUAGGUGAAAAGGGGCAAUUUGAAGGCUAGAUCAUUGUCUUCAGCUCAAACCACCUUGGCAGGACUACUAAAGAUUGGAGCUAUGGAGUAUAUUGGCAUAUUGAUACGUUUGCAGAAAUGGGUGAAUUUGUUUUCCGGGUAUAUAUUGUGGCUAAUGAUGGUGUACUUAACCGAUGUAUGGGAGCUUAAAUUAAUUCAUGCAGCUGCAAUUAUCAAUAUCUGGAUGGGAUUCAUCAAAAUUCUGCCUAUUGUCUUCGCUUACCUCGCCGAUGCUUUCCUAGGCAACUCUUUCGUCGUCCUCUUUAGCAGCUUCUCCUCCAUGAUUGGACUUGGUCUAAUAUGGAUGUCAACACCACCUGUAUUGGGCAAGUCAAAUGGAAAUUGCACCCAAUACAAGCCUGAAUGCAUUGGCGAGCAGCAAAAACAACUAUUUUAUUCGGGGCUCGUAUUCACCGCGUUGGGAAUGGCUGCUCUCUCUGCUUGCUAUGCGCCCUUUGCGCAGGAGCAAGCAGAGGAGGCUGCUGCUAGUAACAGUACACGUCGCGUAGGGUGGUGUCGUACUCACUUGGUUGCCUUUGCCGCACUCUUAAUAGCAGCCUUUGUCAAGCCAUGGGCUAUCUUAUUUGGAAUAUGUGCCAUACUUGGUGUGGUUUCUUUCUUUUUUUGCUUAAUCUUGAGGGUUUGCUUAGGGGUUGGAAACCCUGCUCCUAGGCCACAAGGGAGCCCCUUGACUACAAUCUUUCGGGUUCUUUUCGCUGCUGUCUCCAAGAGCUUUUUCUCGCGCCCACAAGAUAUGAAUGAGCUCUAUGAAAACCCUAACUCUCUCCAAGAAUUAUUGCCUCAUACGAAUGGCCUCAGGUGCCUCGACAAGGCAGCUAUAAUCGAAGCAGAACCCGUGCUAGAGCAACAAGUGAAAAAAAGAUGGAGCCUUUGCAAAGUAACAGAAGUUGAGGAAACCAAGAUAUUUAUACGCACAAUUCCCAUUUGGAUGACCUUCAUUGUUUGCGGUUUUGUAUCAUCCUUAGGGGCUACCUAUUUUCUUGAGCAAGCGAAUCACUUGGAUCGUAGAGUAGGAAAGGCGAAAACCCCUCUUAUACUUUUCUAUUGGUUUUAUGACCACUUUAGGAAAAGCUUCACUAGUGGCUUUUUACCAACAAUGUCCUUAAGUCGACGUUACAUUCCUCGAAUUGGAAUCGCAGCUGCCAUGAUGUACGCUACACUUGCUUGCAUCGCGGCAGCAAAGAUAGAGACAAGAAGGCUCGGUGUUGUCAAGAGUCAUGACUUAAUUGACAAGCCACACGAAAGAGUACCUAUGACUAUAUUUUGGCUUUUGUUCCAAUUCGUGUUGCUAGGUUGUCAUGAUGGCAUUCAUCGAUUGAGUGCUUACGGGCUAUCAUUGGAUCAAGCACCUAAAUCCAUGGUCAAGUACUUUAAUCUAUUCGCGAGGGGCUUCUUUGGCCUAGGGGUCAUGGGAAGUGUUGUGUUAGUCGACAUUGUUGGGAACAUUAGCGAGAAAAGAACGGGAAUAAAUUGGUUUCAAAGCACAUUGAACACUAGCCGAUUAGAUAAUUAUUAUUGGGUGCUAGCUUCAUUAGCUGCUGUAAAUCUUGUGAUCUUUAUUGUUGCGGCAUGUUUUUAUCGUUAUAGGGUACCAAGAGAUGGGCAAUUGGAGAAAGGGCUAUUACCUGUGGGCUUUAUGGAUGAUGAUCAUAUUUGACGACAUGUGUAGUGAUGUAUUGCAUUGGUUUUUAUUUGUGUUUAUUUAUCGUUGAGCAAUCUUGGGUGUAAAAAAAGUUAUCAAAUAGUCAUAUUGUCUUUACAUUUGUAGUUAGUAUUUGUAUUAAUUUUAAUAUAUCCUAGCAAUGCAUGAUACAUGUAAUCUCCCCAUCCUUGUGUAUUCUUAGUUUUUGGUUUUUUUUUCUUUUUUUUUUUAAAUCACAAGCCAACAUGAAAUUUUAUCUGUAUUAUCCUAACGGCUACAUAUAAAAAGUUAAAAGUGGCUGGCUUGAUUGA